AUGUCCCCGAUUAAGGAUUUUACUCUAAUUUAUGAAGCGCUUAACAAGGAGGAUGUUUUCACCAAUGGGGACACUGUCACUGGUGUAUUUACUUUCACUUUGACAAAAGAAACCGAAGUGAAAAGCCUUCUCGUGAAACUCAAAGGUGACGCAAAUGUUCACUGGUCGGAAGGAAGCGGAGAUAGGAGGAGAACCCACAGGGAUCACAGGAGAUACUUUAAAGUCAAGGAAUACUUUAUUAAAGAAGAUGCAAAAGACAAUGUACUUUCCGAAGGGCAUCAUCGCUUUGAAUUCAGCCUCCAGAUCCCACAGCAAGACAUGCCAUCAUCCUUCAAGGGGAUUCAUGGAAAGAUCGUCUACAAGCUACAAGCAAAGUUGUCCAGGAAAUGGCAUAUGGCUUCUGGAGUAGAAAAAGAGCUCAAAUUUGCCUCUAAGUCCUUACUACAACCUGGACAAAUGAAAUGUCCCCAGGCUGGUUCAGUCAGUAAAGAUGUGGGGGUUUUCUCCAAAGGAGAGGUCCAGAUGUCUGCCACCAUGAACAGAAAAGCUUGCUCUCCAGGUGAAACUGUGUCUAUUAGUGCCAAAAUCAACAACUCCUCUUCCAAAAAAGUGAAGGCCAAAUUCAGUUUGGAGCAGAGGAUAGUGUACCGUGCCCAUGCCUCCAGAAGAGUUGUCGGGCACAGUCUGUGCAAAAUGUCUGGGGACACAAUCGGACCGAGCUCAGAGGGAACUGCCUCCUGCCAGCUGAAGAUUCCUGAAGAUAUUGUCCUUACUCUCCAUAACUGUGAAAUUAUCUCAGUUACCUAUACCAUUAAGGUGUAUGUGGACAUCAGCUUUUCCAUCGACCCUGAGGUGGUGUUUCCAGUGGCCAUUGUUCCAUCCCGCUUUUUAACCCAGCAGCCUGAUGCAGAUUUUGGUCCCUAUCCAGCUGCGGCUGUUGGGGCCCCAGGCUACAGUGACUUCCCUGCCCCUGCGUUCCCUGUUGGACCAUAUCCUGUACCUCCACCUGCUUAUGGAUACCCAGCACCAGGUCCCAGUCAACAUGCAAACAUAGCAAGUGGCUAUAAUAAUCCAUUUCCACCGCAGUCAGCUCCAUAUGGUUUUUCAAGUGCAGCGUACCCUCCACCCUCAGUGCAGCAUCAGGCCCCUACUGCCCCAACUGUGCUUCAACAUGGAGAAGAGCCUCCAUCCUACAUGUCUAUUUUCCCACCUCAGCAGUAG